AUGCUGCCUUACCUGUUCCCUGAGCUGUCCACCUUUGCUACAGUCGCCGAUCUUAUCACCCACCUUCGCACUAGUGACGCUCGCCUGCGUGCCGCCCUUCCCACCGAGUUCUGCGCUAAGAACCCCCCUCCACUGUACUGGACACUCCACUUUCUAGUCACCCGUCUCCCUGACACCCUUAGCUCAGUGCGCGACUAUUUCCUUGCUCGCUGUCCCACUGAGCUCACUGUCGCCCUCCUAGAGGAGAAACUGCUCGCAGCCAAGAAGAGCAUUGUAGCUGUAGGUGCUGCUCGUGGCGCUCCUCGCACCCCCAUCUUUGAGGGGUGUUCUCCCUCUCCCCUCGCUCCCUCCUACGCUACUGCUGCUGCUGUUGACUUCCUUGGUGCUGAGUCUGCUGGCGCUGCUUCUGCUCCUGGUGGGAGGCGCCGCACCGGCAAGGGCAAGGGGGGCAAGGGUGGCGGGGGUGGCGCUGGGGGGGGAGGAGGUGGGGGAGGUGGGGGGGGAGGCGGUGCUGGAGGGAGCGGUGGCGGGAGUGCUGGUGGGAGUGGGGUCGGCAGCGGAGGCGGGGGCGGCGGAGGGAGCGGUGGCGGUGGUGGCGGCGGCGGUGGCGGCGGCGGCGGCGGUGGCGGUGGCGGCGGUGGCGGUCGGAGCGGAGGUAGUGGUGGCGGCGGAGGUCGGAGUGGAGGCACUGGCUCGGGCCAGAGCUCCCACCAGCAGCAGCGUCCCCAGACGACCCAGCAGCUUCGUGAGUGGCUUGCUCAGCGUGGGACGUCGGGGGGCAGUGGCCGCUGUUCCUAUGUCAUUCGCACAGGUGACCGCAAGGGACAGACGUGUGGGAGGUUCCACACCCCGUACCGCUGCUUCUCCCGCCUUGACGACGCUUGGCGUGAGGAGAUGGGCGAGGAUGUUGAGCGCCCCCGCUGGGCUGAGCUGAUGAGGGCUGGUGUUGAUAUCUUUGCUCUUGACUAUGAUGCUAUUAUUGCUGCCAUGUAUGCAUUGACUGUUAGUGCCGAGGGAGACUGUUACUUGUGUGUGCCACCUGACCCAGGUAUAGAGCCCGCUGCCCUGGGUACUAGUGAGUCUGCUCUCUCUGGUCUGGUGCCCUCUGUGGCUGCUCCCUCCAGUACUGUCCCUACUGCUUGUGAGUCUGCUCUCUCAGGUACAGCACCCACAGAGACUGCUCUCUCAGGUACUGCACCGGCUGAGGCCUUGCACACCUUCACCCUUGACUCAGGUGCUUCCCGCUGUUUCUUUCGUGACAGUACUGAGCUCACUCCACUUCCUGCACCGGUCCCAGUCUCCUUGGCUGACCCCUCGGGGGGCCCAGUCCUUGCACGGUCCACCACUGUGCUCCCGUGUCCGGCGGUUCCGUCUGGCUCGUUGUCAGGUUUCCACCUCCCCUCGUUCUCGACGAACCUGGUGAGCAACGCUGUCAUCCAGGAUCAGUGGGUUGACACCUUUACUCCUGGAGGACAGCGUGUGGCGAUCCUCACGUGCUCCAGGACUGGCCGUCACCUGGCUACGUUUACCCGUCAGCCGGGGUCGAGUCUCUACACACUGUCCACUGCGUCUCCUCAGGUCGCUGCUGUCGGUCAGGUGUCCGUGUCAGGUCUGGUAGCCCACACCUGUGAGUGUCGUUCCCUGUCGCACCAGACUCUUCUCUGGCACCACCGCCUGGGCCACCCCUCCUUGCCACGCCUCCGUGGCAUGCACCGUCGCCACCUUGUGUCUGGUCUUCCCAGGUCCCUCCCUCCCCUCCCUGCCUCGCCUGCGCCGCCUUGCCUUCCUUGCAUCGAGGGGCGGCAGCGCGCCGCUCCUCACUCCUCCUCGUUCCCCCCGACAGAGGCUCCUCUGCAGACCCUCCACCUGGACGUGUGGGGCCCAGCCCGCGUUCGUGGCCAGGGCGGUGAGCGGUACUUUUUGCUGGUUGUCGACGACUACUCGCGUUACACCAUGGUCUUCCCCUUGCGCACCAAGGGUGAGGUCCCUGCUGUUCUGAUCCCUUGGAUCCGCACAGUUCGUCUCCAGCUCCGCCGCCGUUUCCGGACAGAUCUUCCUGUCCUGCGUCUGCACUCUGACAGAGGUGGUGAGUUCUCCUCCGACCUCUUGAGGACCUUCUGUCAGGCGGAGGGCAUCGAGCAGACCUUCACGCUUCCGGACUCCCCACAGCAGAAUGGGGUUGCUGAGCGCCGCAUUGGCCUGGUCAUGGAGGUCGCUCGUACCUCCUUGGUCCAUGCGGCGGCUCCCCAUUUUCUGUGGCCGUUUGCUGUCCGGUACGCCGCGCAUCAGCUCAACCUCUGGCCCCGUGUCUCCUUGCCGGAGACCUCGCCCACACUGCGUUGGACGGGGGAGGUUGGUGAUGCGUCGCGCUUCCGGGUGUGGGGUGCUCGUGCCCUUGUCCGCGAUACGUCCGCGGACAAGCUCUCCUCCCGCACGCUUCCCUGUGUCUUCCUUGGCUUUGUCCCUGACGCGCCUGGCUGGCAGUUUUACCACCCCACCUCGCGCCGGGUCUUCGCCUCUCAGGACGUCACCUUUGACGAGUCGGUCCCUUUUUACCGUCUCUUCCCCUACCGCACUGCCCCCCUCCCUCCCCCGCCGCUUUUCCUCGCUCCUGGUCCCCCUCCGGUAGACCCCCUUCCCCCUCAGGGUCCUGCUCCUUCAGGUGUCUCUCAGGUAGACCCUCCUCCCGUCGCUGAGUUUGUCGAGGUCACAGGUGACUCAGGUGCUGCUGCAGGUGGUGCUGCUGGGAGUGCUGAGCCUGGGGGUGCUGAGCCUGCGGGUGCUGGGCCUGGGGGUGCUGCGGCUGCGGGUGCUGGGACUGAGGGUGCUGGAGCUGAGGGUACUGUGCCUGAGAGUUCGGAGCCUGGGGGUGCUGAGCCUGGGGGUGCUGCGACUGGGGGUGCUGAGCCUGCGUGUACGGAGUCUGGGGGUGCUGAGCCUGGGGGUGCUGCGCCUGGGGGCACUGAGCCUGGGGGUACUGCGACUGAGCCUACGGAGCCUGGGGUUGCUGCGUCUGGGGGUGCUGCGGUUCGAGGUGCCGAGCAGUCUCUCACACCGCAGCAGCUUCGUGACUGGUACGUCCGGCGCUUUCGCCGUCCUCGUGGCCCUGCUGGAGUUGGAGGUUCUGGAGCUGCUCGUCCUGGAGGUGCUCGUACUGGAGGUACUGGAGCUGCCGGGACUGGCUGUUCUGGGAGCACUGAGGCUGGAGCUGCUGGAGCUGGGGACUCUGGAGCUGGCGGUGCCAGCGGAGUUGGAGCUACCGGCUCUGGGGGUGCUCUUCCUGGCGGUACUGGAGCUGCUGGAGCUGACGACACUGGAGCUGACGGUUCUGGACACGGUGGUCCUGCUGGUUCUGGAGGUGCUGGCGAGGGGAGGUCUGUCGCUGCUGGGGCCUCUGGUGCUGACGUCGCCGACUCUGGGGGUGCUGCGGCGGAGGGUGCUGGUCCUGGUGCUUCUGGUGCUGCGGGUGCUGGAGGUGCUGGCGGAGCUCCGCCGUCGCGCCUGUUCUUCGCUCCUCCGUCACCGUCGGCUUUGCCACCGCCUGACACGGUGCUUCGCCAGGUUCUUUCCCUCCCGUCUUCCACUGGCCUUCCCCUCCAGCCUGGCUCCCCCCUCCCUGCUCCUGUACCUUACACUGCACUGCCGGACUCGCUUACGGAGCGUCGUGAGCCUGUGUCUCGUCCUGCCUCGCCUGUUCGUGCUACUCGCACUGCUCGCACUGCGCGCACUGGUCCCACUGGUCGUCGUGUCGCGCGUCCGCGUCCUCCUCCUGUUCCUGGCACGCAUAUUAUGGCCCUUCGUCCUUCCACUGGUCCACAGCGUGUCCCCCUACCGUCUCCUCCUGCGUCUUCUCUUCCUGACGUUCCCGACCCUGAGUCUGACAGUGUUCGUGCUGCCCACCCUACUGUUACGCGUCUUCUCGCCACUGUUGUCACUGACCCGUCGUUUGAGUCUUCUGCUGCGUCUGCCCUGGUCGCUGAGCUUGUCGACUUUGCUGCUGCAUGUCGCCUAGACUACGCCGCCAGUCUUGUUGCUGAGUCUGAGUCUGUCUGUCCUCCGUCCGUCGGGGGUGAGUGUGCUCUUGGAACGGACGUCCUUGAGGACAGGCAGGAGGACUUUGACUCUCUUGCGGCUGCUGUACCUCAUCUCGUGGCCUGGUUGCUUGCCCCUGAGGGAGACCCGGAUGCACUAGACAUCCCCACUCCGCGCACUUAUGCAGAGGCGAUCUCGGGUCCCUACUCCUCUCAGUGGCAGACAGCCAUGGACGCAGAGAUGGCUUCCUGGAAGUCCACAGGCACCUACGUCGACGAGGUUCCCCCUCCUGGGGCGAACAUCGUCGAUGGCAUGUGGAUUUUCAGGGUGAAGCGGCCGCCGGGUUCUCCGCCUGUCUUCAAGGCUCGUUACGUUGCUAGAGGCUUCAGUCAGCGCCAGGGGGUUGACUUCUUCCAGACCUUCUCCCCCACCCCGAAGAUGACCACUCUUCGGGUUCUGCUGCACGUUGCUGCUCAGCGUGACUACGAGCUUCACUCUCUUGACUUCAGCACAGCUUUCCUGCAGGGCAGCCUGCACGAGGAGAUCUGGCUGCGCCGCCCACCUGGCUUUACUGGGUCGUUUCCUCCUGGUACCCAGUGGAGCCUCCGCCGGCCAGUCUACGGUCUCCGCCAGGCGCCACGUGAGUGGCACGACACACUGAGGACUACACUUGCGGCCCUUGGGUUCGCGCCGUCUACUGCUGACCCGUCGCUGUUUCUGCGCACAGACACGUCGCUGCCGCCGUUCUACAUUCUCGUGUACGUCGACGACUUGGUCUUUGCUACUGCUGACACUGAGGCACUCGCUCGUGUGAAGUCGGAGCUGCAAAAGAGACACACCUGCACUGACCUGGGUGAGCUGCGUAGCUACCUUGGCUUGCAGAUCACCCGGGACAGAGCACGCCGCACCAUUACCCUGACUCAGUCACACAUGGUGCAGCAGGUCCUUCAGCGCUUCGGCUUCCAGUUCUCCUCACCACAGGCCACACCUCUGGCUACCAGCCACUCGCUCUCAGCUCCACCUUCGGACGAGUCCGUAGAGCCGAGUGGCCCGUACCCAGAGCUUGUAGGCUGCCUCAUGUACCUGAUGACUUGCACGCGACCUGACCUCGCGUACCCUCUUAGCAUCCUUGCUCGUUACGUUGCGCCUGGGAGACACAGGCGAGAGCACUGGGAGGCUGCUAAGAGGGUGCUGCGUUACUUGUGCAGUACAUCAGGCAUGGGGCUGGUGCUUGGAGGAUGCGACAGAGUUGUUCUCACUGGUCACUCGGACGCUUCUUGGGUGGACGACUUGGCUACGCAGCGGUCGUCGCACGGUUACACCUUCAGCCUUGGCUCUGGUUCUGUCUCGUGGCGGUCCACCCGCUCUUCUUCUGUUCUCAGCUCUAGUUGUGAGGCUGAGAUCUACGCCACGGCCAUGGCUGCACAGGAGUUACGCUGGCUCACCUACCUGCUGACUGACUUGGGAGAGCGGCCUAGUUCUCCUCCAGUUCUGUACGGCGACAACAAGGCGGCCCUUGCCUUGUGUCAGGAGCACAGACUGGAGCACAGGACGAAGCACAUUGCUCUUCGCUACUUUCUUGCUCGAGAGCUGCAGCAGCGAGGUCAGCUUCGGCUUGUGUACGUGGACUCGAAGGCCAACACUGCUGAUAUCUUCACCAAGGCGCUCCCGCCUAGUGAUCAUCAGCGGCACUGUACUUCUUUAGGCCUUGUGUCCACAUUCCCUCAUUUGCUUACUGCUUGA